CUCGGCGCUGGACGUGUCAGCCCUCGUUCUCGAGUCCUCGAGGAUGCGGUGAAUCAGAUACAAAGAGGCAGAGUAGACAAUAUCACCCACAGCUAUCUCGUUCCUGCACUUGUCCUGCCCUGAUUGAGAUUGACCCCGUGUGCCGUUCUUACUCACUUCGGCGCAUCCUCGCGCAUCCUCUCCCUCUCCGCCAUCGCCCUCCCCCUCCUCCUCCUCCUCGGGGCUCGCAGUCUAGCAGCCAUGCUCCUCCAGCGAAGCUCACUGCUGCUUGUACGGCGCCUGUCAAGGCCCUCAUCCAUCCGCGCGUCGAGCGCUGCAUUAGAAACGGUUCACGCUCGGCGGCACCAGCCGCUCAGGGCCUCGAUCCAGCGCCGCAAUUGCCUGUCGGCGGGCUUCCACACGACGAGCAGGCUUUGCGUGGUGAAGCCCGUACUGUUAGCCGACAUUGGCGAAGGCAUUGUCGAAUGCGAAAUCAUCCAAUGGUUCGUCGAGCCGGGGGCCCGUGUCGAAGAGUUCUCGCCGCUGUGCGAGGUGCAGAGCGACAAGGCCUCGGUCGAGAUCACAAGCCGCUUCACUGGUGUCGUGAAGAAGCUCCACUAUGACGCUGGUGAGAUGGCCAAGGUUGGCAAGCCCUUUGUCGACAUUGACAUCCAGGGUGAGGCUAGGCCCGAGGACCUGGACGCCCUGACGCCCGCUGAGGUUGGCCAGGAUGCACUACAAGAGGCCGAAAGCGGGCAAACAACUCCUGUCAUACCGGGGGCUGGGACACCUACGGCAGUUGUACCGGAUAUGAUAGGGACCCCGGCGGCUGUGACUGGCGAGGUCCCCGAAAAACUAAAGGGGAAAUGCGCGGGGCUGGCAACGCCCGCUGUGCGCCACCUAUGCAAGGAGCUCAAAGUGGACUUGUCAAGUGUGGACGGAACCGGCAGGGAUGGGCGCGUGCUGAAGGAGGAUAUCUACAAGUUUGUGCAAAGCCGGGAUAGUGGAGUCGUCCCUGACAUGUCCCCUGACAUGUCUCCAACGGUCCUCUCGGGCACCGACAGCGGCGUCCCAGCGUCCCAGCAGCCACCGCACCAGAUGCCCGGUUCCGCGCCCACAGCUUCCGCGCAGUCGGAGACGGUGGUGCAGCUGUCGCCGACGCAGCACAUGAUGUUCAAGGCCAUGACCCGCUCGCUGUCCAUCCCGCACUUCCUGUACGCCGACGAGAUCGACUUGACCAAUCUCGUCGAGCUGCGGGCCAGGCUGAACAAGGUGCUCGCCAGUGGCAGCAUCCCGGGCCAGGCCGGUCCCGCCGGCGGGGCCUUGGCCGGGGUGCCCAAGUUGUCGUACCUCCCCUUCAUCAUCAAAGCCGUGUCGCUGGCGCUGUACGAGUACCCCAUCCUCAACGCGCGCGUAGAUGCCGCCGGGCCCGGCGGCAAGCCCGCCCUCGUGUUCCGCCAGCAGCACAACAUCGGCGUGGCCAUGGACACCCCCCAAGGGCUCCUAGUGCCCGUGGUCAAGAACGUCAACGAGCGCAACGUGCUGUCCAUCGCGGCCGAGCUGAACCGGCUGCAGGCGCUCGCGCUAGCCGGGCGGCUCUCGCCGCAGGACAUGAGCAGCGGCACCAUCACCGUGUCCAACAUCGGCAGCAUAGGCGGCACGUACCUCAGCCCCGUCGUGGUCGAGCGCGAGGUGGCCAUCCUGGGCAUCGGCCGCGUGCGCUCCGUGCCGGCCUUUGACGAGCACGACCAGAUCGUCAAGCGCCACGUCUGCAACUUCAGCUGGUGCGCCGACCACCGCGUCGUCGACGGCGCCACCGUCGCUCGCGCCGCUAGCGUCAUCCGCCGCGUGGUGGAGGAGCCCGACGUCAUGAUUAUGCACCUCAGGUGAAGAUAAUGAAGGGGGAUGUGAUGUGACGCGUGGGCGGCCUUGCCGAGACCGAGCAAGACGCAUGAAUGGACCGGCCUGGCCGCGCGUGCUCGCCUCGUCUCCGCGUCCGCAGCUGUCACACUAAGGUGGUGGGGGGCGAGGGUGCGGCCGACAACGACGGCUACGAAUGUGGCCGGGUCACGGGUGCAUGAGGGCGGUGUUGCUGGUUGCACCGCACCUGUGAUACUUUUCUAUUGCCCGGGCGCGGCUCGAAGCCAACCUUGCUCACAUGCCGUCCCCACCUCCGAGGUGGCACGAUGGCUGCAUGCAUGGAUGAGGCCGUGAUAUUUCAAGUGCCUACCGGGGAUUGGGACCUAGAUUGGCAUGUACAUAUUUUAGCUGCCGCCGAGAAUACCCUUUGCGGCAACGGGCGGCCUGGCUCUUCCUGCAGCCGGCCGAAUCGGGAAUGCUGCUGUGGAGGUGUCGAGGAUAUAGACUCACUCAUUGCCACCUCGCCCCGUCUCCCUCAUAAGACGCAUAUGCCCACGCAUCCACUGCUGUGCAGAAUGAUAUGCUCACCGUCGCCCCUGAUGGAGUCGGGUGGGUGUAAGCUCGUUUCUUUUUUUUUAUGGCGGCAUAGACCAGAGAGAAAGAAAGGGGUUCAAAAGAAGCAGAAGAGAAAAUGCUAGAGGAUGGAAAUUGAAAAACAACCAACCAACAUGAAAGAAUGAUGAAGAAAAGUCAGGGAGAGCGGAUAACCUCCCAUCAGUCCCCUUCGGACAUGGAAUACGACCGUCUUUCUUAUCUCUCUUCCCCUUUCGGCAGGCUGCGUCCAAGGCAUGAUGGCUCCAUCUGCAGUCGCCCGGCUGAGGCUUAGCGCUGUUACACAAGUUAGAAUCUGUGUGCACCACGGCUCAUCGCUGCGGUCUCGGUACCCUCAGCCUAUACAUAUAUAUAUGUGCGUUGUGUUUGCAUAUGUUGCACCCUGGCUUGAAGUGUGAUAACGUCGGCUGUCUUGGACAGCAACUUACCCCCGUGUUAGUGCGGCGCCAAAGGCUGCGUCUCGGAUGCGCACACUGAGAGGCAAGGCAAGUGCACCCGACAUGGCAUAUCCGUGCAGCAGAGACGAAGAAAAAAAGAAAGAAAGAAGAUGAUAGGACCCUUGAAGGAGGGGGUGAGGCACGCCCGAUAAGGUACGAGGUGGCAGACACUAUGAGUGGCUAGUCUGGGUAGGCGGACUAGCGGGCAAACAACUUCCCAAAUAUGCAAGCCUCCCAAAAG